AUGUUGGAAAAACUCAAUCAAUAUAUAGUUUAUAUAUAUGAUGAAGCAGCUUUUAUAGUUUCAGUUCUUGAUCCUCGAAUCAAACUUGAAUUAAUGCCAGUUAAUAUGAACAUCCCUGAAAACUGUGACUUUUUUAAUCAUAUUUUUCAAGAUUAUUCGGUAUCUGAACUAAAUAUUAAUACGGUUUCAAAUACUAAAAAAUUGUCGAAUUCGAUGAUAUAUAUGGAACAAGUGGCUCAAAAACGACAGCGAGCUAAUGUUUUAAGUAGUUCAAGCCCAACGGAUGAACUUUCUCAAUAUUUAACUAAAGACUUUCUCGCAAUCCAGGCUACAUCAGUGCUUUCUGAACAAAUAUUUUCAAAGAUAGAUGAUACUGUUCGGGUUAAACGUGUACGUUUUUCUGAAAAAAGCAUACAAGCACUAAUGUGUACUGGCUCAUGGUUGGAACACGGCAUUAGAUUUCAAAGGGAUUGA